ACAGGUUUGUCAGCUUGAACCAGGAGGCUUCAAAUAGAGCGUCAGCGCCGUCAGGGAAACAUUCAGUGACCAGUCUUCUUCACACAGCGGGAGGACGACAGAAACAAAGAUGGAGCGACUCGUCUGUCUCAGUUUGAUGUUUGUGGCUUCAGCUCUGACCGCGGUUAUCGACCCUAGAGGAGCGCGCCCGGUGCAGCCCGCCACCAGAAGCGAAAAAUGUGCCACUGAGAAGGAGUGGCCUUUCUGCACGUCUGAUAACUGGGGCCCUAAAUGCCCGUCGGGCUGCAGGAUCCAGGGACUGAUGGACAAAGACGACCACGACUUGCUGAAGAAGAUCGAGAAGAUCCGCAGCCUCUUGGAGCAGAACAAGGCCAACUACCGCAACGCCGACCACAACUCCAAAGAGACCUUCACCAUCCUGAGGGAGAGACUCACCAUCGACGCUGAUCACGACAACAACUACUUCGACCUGGCCCAGAGUCUGCGGCAGAGAAUCACAGACAUGAAGAUCAAGAUCGACAGGCAGCUGAGUGUCCUGGCCGCCCUGAAGGAUCGAGUCAAAGACCAGGUGGUGGAGAUGCAGAGGCUGGAGGUGGAUAUCGAUAUUAAGCUCCGCUCCUGCAAAGGAUCCUGCCAAAGCUACUCUGAGUACAAUGUGGACAAGGACAGCUACGUGGAACUGGACAAACAGGUGAGCUUUGAAUUGGUUUUAAACUGGAUUUAACACUAUUAAUUAUGAAAGCUUCCAC